CACUAGCUCUCCGCCCCGUUUUCCUCUAUCUGCCCUAUUAUCUCUUUUUUUUUUUUUUUUUUUUCCUUUUCGUCUCCUUUUACUUCUCCUCUGUCUCUUCUCAGAAACAGAGUACCCUGUUUCUGCCCUGUUUUGGAUGACCUUCGAUAUUGAGGACGCUCAAUUCAAUCCACCACACUGCAGUGCCGCUCAGCUCACCCUCUCUCUCUCACUUACCCUCCAUGGCCCCAAAGAAAAUUUUAUCCAUUAUUUACAUCUUCCUUGCCAUCACAUUUCUACUAAAGUCCCAGUCUAUUGAAGGACGACAACUAAAUUAUGGUGUUGUUAAGGUUACAAGUAGCGUGUAUGGUGAUGUCGUUAACAUUCCUCCACCACAAAACUCAAACAACACCGAAAUGGUUGAUAAAAUUGAUCCUCCAAACAGUGUUCCUCCUGCUCCGCGAGCCCAGCAUCCCAUUCACAAUUAAUUUCUUAUCCUUAUAAAGGAACUUAAUAAGGAGGAUCACCAAUCGUCCAUGUAACUGGUUGCAAACCUGUGCUUGUUGUCUGGUUGUUUAGAAGAUCAAUCGUGUAGAAAAUAAACUUCUAGAAUUCAUGCUUUUGUGUUGUGUUUGAUGUCAAAUUGUGGCUUGAUAUAUUAGUAUCUAUGUGAACUGUGUUUGCGCAAGCGUUUGAAGAACUCAAAGCCAGUGCCUUUCUUUCUUCUUCUUUUAUUAUUAUUUUUUAAUUGUAUUUUCAUUCUUAUUGUGUCCAAAAGAUUUCCUCUCUUUUUUUUUUUUUUUUUUGAAUAUCUUUUAAUUGCGGCUCUUAAAAAGUAAUAACAAAACUUGUGGAAUCUGUAAACAUAUAAUAUAUGGAUUGGUAAGGC